GUAGACCGAUGGGUCAAGCGUGGUGUCAUCGAGAAGAGCACGGGAUCGUACAUGAAGGCGGCGGCGACCAACGAUCAAUGGCGCGACUUGAGCGAUAAAUACUUUGUACUGCUGGGUGCUGGUAGUGCCAUGGGUCCUUUCCUUACACUCUGCAAGUUGGGGGCCAAUAUCAUUGCUAUUGACCUG